GUUUGACAUGAGGAAGAUGGCGCGCUGAGUGCACAAUCAUAAUCGGCCGCCUGGCAUUUUGCUGCUGAAACUCCCCUGUUUUACCUUUUCUUGGCGGGCGAGGUGCAAGGAGGGAUCGCAGUGUCAAUGCAGAGAAGCUCAGGCUUUUGGCGCAAGCGGUAAACAUCUCAACUUAGAAACGGGUCAGUCUUGAGCUCGGCGGUCAGGGAACUUGGUGCUGAGAUUGUAAGGAAAAGUCGAAGGGAAAUGCAAUCUGUGUGGUCUUUCUUGUUCAAAACGCUGGCAGGGGCCGCUAGGUGCUCCGGUAGGACACUGCUUUUCUAAGAUGAAUUCGGUGUUCUAGAGGAAUUUCGGAGGGCUUUAUGAGCACCAGGGGACAACCUUCAGUCAGCAUGUAGGAGACAUGUCCACGGCAUAUUGAGAUUUCUAUCCACCUGUUGUUGGAGUUUAGACAGAAGUCACGAUGUACGGGGAGGGUGCCAUCCUCAUACCGACAAGAUUUGUGUGGCCUUAUGGAGGAAGGCAUGUUCACUUGUGCGGCUCAUUCACCAGGUGGCGAGAAACACUGCCCAUGUCGCCGGUAGAUGGGCACCACAAUUGGUUCGCUGUCGUCUGUAGUCUGCCUCCUGGCUACCACCAGUACAAGUUCAUUGUGGACGGGGAGUGGCGCCAUGACGACGCCCAGCACAGCAUCCGUGACCCCCUCGGCAACGUCAACAAUCUGCUCCUGGUGAAAGAGCCGGAGCCUCUUCCGGUUGAUCCCCAGCAGGCCCAGCAUGUCCAGCAGGGGCCUGACCAGCAAGGAGGGGGUGUCCGUAUGGAUCCCCUCCCACCACAGCACCCCCACCAGCAGGGCCCUGCCCAUCCCCCCUUAGCGCAGGAACCGCAGGCCCCCCUGCCGCAGCCAGACGCUGCCUUGCCGCCGAGCUCCAGCUCGCACUUCCAGCCCGUGGCAAAUGAUGCCGCCGCGCCUGGGCUAGAAAGAGCGGUGUCCAUCCCGUCGGACACCCCGGUAGGGGGCCUAAGCGAUGCAGACGCGACAAAGCAGCGGGUCGCGGACUUCUUGAACCGGCACACGGUGUACGAAUUGCUACCGGAGAGCGGGAAGGUGGUGGCGCUGGACGUGACCCUGCCUGUGAAGCAGGCCUUCCAUGCGCUCUACGAGCAGGCGGUUCCGUCAGCCCCACUCUGGGACGUUGAGUCGCAGCAGUUUGUGGGCAUGCUCAGCGCGAGCGACUUCAUCACCAUCCUGCGCCAGAUCAACAGCACGGGGGCAGUGCUGAGUGAAGAGGAGCUCGAGACGCACACGAUUGCAGCGUGGAAAGAGGAGAAAGCGGCGGCGCAGGCGCAGGCGGGGGCGAGAGACCAGAGCCGGCCGGCGCUGGUGUCGGUGGAGCCGGAUGAGAGCUUGCGCAAGUUGGCGGACAAGCUGUUGGAAGCAGGCGUUGCGACCUUGCCCGUGUUGGCGUGGGCCAGCCAGCAGGAGGGCGGCUGCCAGCAGCUGCUGCACCUGGCGUCCCUCUCGGGGGUGCUCAAAUGUAUAGGACGGCAUUUCCGCCACGUUCCCAACUCUCUCCCCCUCUUCAACCACCCUUUGGCUGCCCUGCCGCUGGGAACCUGGGCAGCGGACACUGGUCGUCCCGGUCUCCGCCAGCUGUGCGUAGUGCGGGAGCGGGACCGCUUGAACCAGGCCCUAGACGCCCUGCUGGCGGUUGAUGUCAGCGCACUGCCUGUAGUUGACGAUAAUGGUGCGUUGGUAGACGUUUAUGCCCGCAACGACAUCACGUCACUUGCUCGUGACCGAAUCUACACACGGCGGCAACUGCAAGAUCUGACGCUAAAAGAGGCUCUCUCGUAUCGAAACCAAGACACCAGCGGGCUUGGGGGUGGAGCUGGGGGGGGCAUCGGACAGCGAUACAAUAUCUGCCUCCGUUCCGACUCAUUACGGACCGUAGUAGAAAAACUGACGAUUCCAGGUGUUCGGAGGAUCGUUUGCGUAGAAGCAGGUAGUAGGCGAGUCGAGGGGAUAAUCACACUAACAGACAUAUUCAAGUUUUUGCUGCAACCUUGAAAGACGGACAUUCUUUUGGUGUUUGAUCGCUGAGUGAUGGCAACAUCUGCGGAUGACAUCGGCGGAAUCAGCAAGCUCUGAGUCCGUCGUAUUGUUACAUUGCCAAGUCCCAAUUCUAUCUGUUGAAGUGCCCGUUGUCAAGUGCUGUGGUGCUUGCCAUGUCACUGAAGUGAUUGACAGUACGUAGGGCUAGGAGCUCUACUUCCGAAGGAUGUACUUGGAAUGACUCGUGCAUGUAGAAGAUGAUCAAAAUCAAACCUUCCUGAAUUGGUG